AUGCCUGAUAGUCUCGCCGAGCCCGCGGGCCUUCAGGCGAAUACCGUCGUCGACCUCUGGCAGACCAUGGCCAGGACGGGAAGGGCGGCCGAGUUGCAGCGCGAGCUCGCGGAAAGGCUCCAGGAGCGCGACCGCGCCCGGCGGGGCCUGGAGGAGGCCGCGGCCCGGUCCGCGGCGCUGUCCGAGGACCUGGCCGCGCGCGCGCAGGAGCUCGACGAGGCCCGCCGCGAGCUGCGCGGCCUGGAGAACGAGCUCGGCGGCAUGGGCUCCCGGCUGCGCAGGGCGGAGGCGACCUUGAGCUCCGUCAGGGGGUCGCUGAGAGCUGCCUGGAAGGCCAUGAAGGUCACGGACCCACGACACCAAGGGGUGGGACAGCAGGGUUGGUUGUGUUUCUUGCUCAUGGUUUCCGUUGUUCGCAUCAGUUGAAAUGUGAUGUUCUAACAUCAGCGCCCAACCUUGAAUCGUUGCUAUCGUUACCGCGGUCAGUCUCGGCGUCCCCUCUGUGAUCAGAUUGUUGUUGCAUGUACACCGGUCUGGUAUGACCAGUUGCGUUCGGACACGCAUGUCCAGCCAGACGCAACAAAAAUGAUGUACGGGCGUACAUAAGUCAUGUGUUAGCACCUUGGGCGUGCAAGAUUUCGCCGUUCGUUUUAUUCCUCACAUGCUUAGUGGAGUUAUUGUUUUCUUCCAUCCCGCGUCGCACCCGUGAAGCUCACACACCUCGCUCCUCCCUCCUCCCUCCUCCUCUGCUCUUCCUUCCUCCC